UCUUUCUGGAUUAUCUGCUGGUCAUUAAUCUCUAAAGUCACUAUGUUUUGAAUGCUAUUGUAAGACUGUGGGAAAAAGAAAGCUGGUAGCUGACUGUACUGCUGGAAAAAAAUGACCUUCCCUCCUCCACACACCAGCUUUCAUCUAGAGAGGUAUAAAACAGGGGCUUUCAACCACAUUUAGCUAUACCUCUGUAACCAUGAAGUCCCUAAUGAUUCUGGUCUUCGUGGGUUUAGCUGUUGCUUUUUCCUCUGAUGAUGGAGACGAUGAUAAGAUUGUUGGAGGUUACACUUGUGAGAAGAACUCUCUUCCCUACCAGGUGUCCCUAAAUGUGGGCUACCAUAUCUGUGGUGGCUCCCUCAUUAAUAAAGAAUGGGUACUGUCUGCUGCUCACUGUUACCACUACCAGCGUUUUCAAGUGAGACUGGGAGAGAACAACCUCCAAGUUAUUGAAGGAAGUGAACAGCUUAUCCUUGCAGCAAAGGUCAUCCUGCAUCCAGGCUUCAACAGGGAGACCAACGACAAUGACAUCAUGCUGAUUAAGCUGAAAACACCUGCCAUUCUCAACAGAAAAGUUGCCCCCAUCUCCUUGCCUCGCUCCUGUGCCUCCACAGGCACAAGGUGUCUCAUCUCUGGUUGGGGCGACACCAAGAGCCACUAUGUUGAUUAUCCCAAGUUGCUACGGUGUUUGCACGUUCCCCUUCUGUCUGAUGCUGAGUGCCAGGCCUCCUACCCUAGUCGAAUCACAGAAAACAUGGUCUGUGCUGGUUUCCUAGGAGGAGGCAAAGAUUCCUGCCAGGGAGACUCAGGGGGCCCUCUGGUCUGUAAUGGAGAACUUCAGGGUAUUAUCUCCUGGGGCUUUGGCUGUGCUAUAAAGAAUUACCCUGGAGUAUAUACUAAGGUAUGCAAUUAUGUGGAUUGGAUUGAGGAGAUGAUUGUUGCCAACAGCUGAAGUCUCCAGAAUCCUCCUCUUUCCACCUCCAACUGGGCUCUGACUUAACACUGUGAAGUCAAUAAAAUAACAACCCUUUCAUUG